GACAAAUGCUAUGCCGUUGUGCGCAUGACGGAAAUUUAACCCACGUGGAUCUUCCAUAAUUUGUAAAUUGUAAACAUUGAAAACUCGAAGGAAGUUUUUCUAUUGAAUUUUGAAUAAUAAUGGCAUCACGUCGUCGAAAGGUACUUGACCUCAAGAAAGAAGAAACUGCUGAACAGAAUGGCGCCAUCGAAAACAAAAUCAAAAAGUCUAAAAAGAAAGUAGAAAUUAAAGAUGGUGGUACUGGUAGUUUUAUUGGAAGAUGCUGCAGUAAAGUGAAAUAUUUGUUUCUCUUAAUUCUUGUACCACCAUUUUUAAAUUAUGCAUCACUUCAAAAAGAAAUGACAGAACUACAGCCAGCAGGUGAAAUGUAUGAUAUUGGUUGGGGUCAGAAACUGUUUAUGAUGUGUAAAGGAGAAGGUGCUCCCACAGUUGUAUUAGAUGCACCUACUGGAAUGUCUUCAGAUGUAUGGUCACGAGUCUGGCCAGAUAUAGCCAAACAUACGAAGGUGUGUAUAUAUGAUAGAGCUGGUUUAGGUUUCAGUGAAAGACCAUCAAUGAAUGAAAGUAGAAUUAAUGAAACACGGUCUGGUCAGCCAUUUACAGUAGAAAGAAUGGCAGCUGAUUUAAAUCGAUUGAUCACAAGUAGUAGUCAACAGCCACAACCUUUUAUUCUUGUUGGAACAGAACUUGGUGCUACAGUUGCUCAAUUCUACACGCAAAUUUUUGAAAGUGACGUGAGUGGUUUAGUGUUGAUUAAUCCGUUAUCUGAUGUCUUAUUUGAACAAGAUCAAGGAGUGUGGGCGAAAUACUGGUUUGGACAAUUAAUCCCAACAUACCAGACGCUACAACUAGGAGCUGCUAUAGGAUUAACUAGAUUAGCCUUAAUAUUAGGUGUUUUAAAACAUCCACUAUCAGGUUCACAGAUGACACAAGAUAUAGAAUAUAGACAAAAACAUUUAUUAUGUCAUCCUCGACAUUUAAGUUCUGUUGUUGAUGAACAUCAUUUUAUAAACGAAACAUUUUCUCAAAUAAAAACAGCUAAAUUAUUAAAAACAAUACCCAGUAGAAUUUCUGUAUCUAUAAUGACUGGUAAUUAUUAUGAUGAACAAAUGCCCAGCUCCUUAAACAAGGCUUGGGCUAAAGCUGAACAGCAGUUUAUAUCAAAACAUUUUCCCUCCGCUCAGCAUUUAGUAGUUAAUGGUGCUGAUCAUCAUAUGUUAUAUAAACUACCACAUAAUAUUGUUGAAGUUAUACUCAAGAUGGUGCGACAAGUUAAACUCAGAAAUAAAAACACUAAAAGUUCAUAAUUCAUAAAUUAAUUCAUUUUAUUCUCAUUUUAUUCAUUUGAUUAAAAUAUUUACAUUUUA